GCCGCAUGUGGAGACGUUUUGCAUCACAUCUGCCUUUGGAAAGGUUUGCUGCGCCAUGUGUAGGAAAUACAAUCAACACUGUGCACCAGCGAGUCGUCCGACUACAGAAAAUGUUUAAAUAACAUGUAGGACGAUAGAAGUGACCCAGCAAGUGAACAUAUAGGACAGCAGAACGCGAUAAGGAUGCAGCGAGUACAGCUGGAGGCUAAACAAACUGUACUUUCCUGUAAAACUGGGGAUAUCGAUGUAGAGGGGGUGUCUGUUUAGAUUAACCAUGUGGAGAAGAUCAGUGAGUGCAGGCUACAGGUGCUAUGGGUGCAGGAGCUUUGGACCAAAGGGAAUCUGGGGCUCCCAUGCGGUGCGUGCAUGCAGCGCUCCAGCCUUACCUGCGGGCAGGAUCACCGCCCUUCAGGCCAUGGACUUAUGGAAGAGGCACUUUGAGGAGAGAGGCGUGACGGAGCCUGACCACUCCAGCCAAUACAUCAUGGCUCAUCUGCUCGGGGCUAAAACUAUAGAAAGUCUUGAGCGGGGGAAGUUAACAGAGGUUCUCAGCCGAGAAAAAACCCUGCAGGUGUGGGAGCUAUGCACUAGACGUCUCUCCAGAAUGCCUGUGCAGUAUGUGAUUGAGGAGUGGGACUUCAGAGAUCUGACACUGAGGAUGAGACCUCCUGUGUUCAUACCGAGGCCCGAGACAGAGGAGUUGGUUGAACUUGUGCUCAAAGACAUGGAGAUGAAGCCUGGGACUGGACCAGGCGCAGACGCUCAGCAUACGUGCUUGGAAGUGGGAUGUGGCUGUGGUGCUAUUUCUCUUAGUCUGCUGAAGGGUCUGCCUCAGCUUAAAGCCAUCGCCUUGGAUCGAAGCCAGGAGGCUGUGGAUUUAACAAGGGAGAAUGGCUUAAUGUUGGGGCUUCAGGACAGGUUACAGAUUUAUCAUAUAGAUGUAAUGAAAGAUGCAGAAAGUGUGUUGAGCCUCUGUAGCCCUGUUUCAGCUGUGGUCAGUAAUCCUCCGUACCUGUUCUCUGAGGAUAUGGCGUCGUUGGAACCAGAAAUCAUCAGGUUUGAAGACCACUCGGCUUUAGAUGGAGGUAACGAUGGCCUAACAGUGAUCAAACAGAUUCUGGCUCUGGCUCCAAGGAUUCUGUCAAAUCAUGGUCGUGUUUACUUAGAGGUGGACCCCAGGCAACCCCCGCUCGUUCGGCGGUGGGUGGAGGCGAAUGUGGAAGUGCUGCGUUAUGUGGAGACACGGCACGACAUCACCGGCAGGCCGCGAUUCUGCAUCCUUCAGAAAAGAUAAGUCAAACAACGACCACGAGCUGGAUCUGGAUUGAGAAACUGAGAUCCUAUUACGCUGGCUUUAGCCCCAGGUCGCCACAGCCUCAGCUCCCCUACCCCCGCUGAGCUGUCAGGCAUGCGCUUGCACUGAUUUGAUCACUCAAAAUUCACAAUUAGCGGGAGCUGAAACCACUUUCAUGUCACUGUUGCACUUUUAAUCUGGUAACGUUUGCCAUCACAUCCUGUGCCACAAUAAAAAUGUGCGCGAGAUGGCAGAAAAGCAGGCUCAAAGCUGAAGGUAAUUACCGAGGCUUUUCUUAGAACCCUCCCUCUCAGAAUCUCACCCUCCUCCCAGGAAGCAUUCAGUAGUUCUUUGAAUCUGCUGAUGAACGGUCCUCCCCUUCGCUUGUCCACUCGCUGACUAGGAUGCAGGCUGUAUGCAUUGUUGGGCAGAAAACAGACACACAAUGUGGCCUAUACUGCGUGGCUCACACACUUAAAGCUCAAAGGCCACAAAGUCUUCGUGUUUCAAAGGAGAUUGAAGGUGGAAAUAUUUCAUGACGUGUCACAAGAGCAGUCGUCAUGUGGUGGUGAUGACAGUGUCUCUCUCUACCCUGUGAAUAAUACUGGCAUUUCAAGCAAUACAAGAGAAAAGGAUAUAAAGGACAGCAGGUUAGACUCAAAUCGGUUAUUUUAAUAAAAAAAAUUUACACAUGUAAAAGGUAGAAAAAAUGUUUUACUGAGAAAAAUAAAAUGGCUUAAAAUGAUGUUUCAAUGGAAUCAGUGUACUCCUUGGAAACAGUAUGUACAUCCAAAACAGAUGAGGGUAAAAUAUACAUGGACAAUUUCGACAUCCAUCAUAAAACAACUGUGGAUUACAGUACUGAGCCUUCAUCACAAGUCGCCUCUUUCUGGGAGACUUCACCACCCAGUCCUUGACAAAUUAAGUCUGAAACCAGACACGUCGGUAUUAACUGAAUUUGUACAUAUUUCGUCCGUAAAAACGUGACCCUGUGUCCAGUUUUUUGGUGACUGGCCUCCAACUGCUGGAGCAGCAAUGUCAUUUAUAGGCAUAAAGGACCCUGUUAACAGUUUUUUUUUUUUUUUUUUGUCCUUCAAGUCAGUUGCGAUACAGCCAUAAUAAUGAACUUGGGGGACCCCUCAUACCUUGAAGGGAUAGUCCUGUAUGUAACGCAGCAGAGGCCUCGGGAGUGGUAGCUGGUCGGGGCAGUCAGAGUGUCUGUUAAUUACGAGGCGUGUGAGAUGCUGUAGAGAGGGGAGGCCCUGGGGCUUGUACACAGCCCGCUUGAGUUUUAGUACCACAGACGCCUCGUGAAUUGCCUGCUGGGAGGGUUUUGAGGGAGCCUCCACCUCCACCUUCCCCUCCUCUGCUUUCCUCUCUGGUCCCAUGUAGUGCUGCACCAGGCCGGGCACGCUGGGGAAAGAUGCCAGGCUGGGCCGGGCCGGGGAGCUGGAGUCGAGCAAAAACUGGGCGCCGCUGUACUGGAUCCGUAUACUGGUGGGGCCGCGUGCAGUCCUGACCGAGAGGGUCAGCAUGUACAUCGGGUGGCUGCUGUCCCGUACCAAAAACGCUCCCUCAGAUGCCUCUUGAAGUGCAGCGUGGGCCUGAGCUGCAGUUACAGCUCCCCAGUACCAUCCUGCACACACAGAUUCCUAAAUAUUAGUCACUCUGGACAUUCAUUGCUGUCCAGUAAGUUGCUUAAUGUUUAUUUUACGGUGAACAGUCCACAGUUAAGUCAUUUAACUAAACUCUUGCAGCAGAGAAUAAACCCAAUCCGUGCCUGGAGUGGCUUCUGGAUUUUUUUUUAAAGAAUAUCGUUUGUUAUGUUCAGUGGCUGUAAAUGUGAAACACUUCUCAUACUGUACCUGAAUUUUCUAGAUAGCAGAAGUUGCUGGCUAUCGCCCGCAGGUCCUUUGCGGGGUCCCAUACCGGAGGGGCGCUUUGAAGGCAAGGGGUAGGAGGUGCAGUUCCAGCCCGCAUGCCCUGUGGGGCUUCAGUGGACAGAGCACCGGGCAGAAGAGUUCUAGGACUGGGAAACAGAUGGAAGAUAUGGUUUAAAUAAAAAAAUAAAAAUAAAAACACCACAUGUUGCAGAAUAGUCAUGGCAGGCUUUACUCCUCCGUAUUAAUGCAUGAAUCCACAUCAUAUAGCCUUUGUAGUACAGUGUUUAUUGCUAAAUAAUGAUAUCACGAAGAAGAUGUUCACUCUGAUCCACAACCACAAAAUGUGAAUAUUUACUCUCAUGAUUUUAUAAUCAUGUUUUUACGUAUUUCUGAUUUUGUGACAUAUUUUGUGGGGGGGUUUUUUGUUUGCUUUUUUUUCUUUUUCAUUGUUUGUCUGCCAUUGCUGCCAUUCUCAGCCAGGACGCUGGUGAAAUGAAAUUUUUCUUUAAUUCUCGGUCAGGCUUUCCUGAUUAAAUAAAAGAAAGCACUGUAUAAUAA